CACAGUGACAGGAUUUGUAAAGACACAACAACAUCUACAAGAACAACAUCUCAAGUCUCCUCAUCCUCGACUUCUGUCAGUCUCAAGGGCAUCGCACAGCUGCAGGACGAAGAAUGUCGUACAGCCAUGGCAUCUGCCCCCGCAAGACCCGUCGCAGCACCUUCCCUUCCACCUGCCCGCCUCCUCUCGUCAUCAGCCCCACUGAUCCGUGCAAGCCCUCCUGUACCACUCGCUCAGACCACCGCAGGCUCUGCAAUUAUGUUAGGGCCCGAGGAGGAGGAAGUAGGAGGGAGAAGGGGGAAGGAGGAGCGGAGGAACGAGGAGGAGGAGGAGGAAGGGGGAGGAGGGAAGGGGUGUGAGAGAGGAGGGAAGAGCAAGUGAGAGGAAUCGAGAGGCACUUACAGGAUGAGAGGAGGACAUGAGCUUCAGUCGGCGGGAAGGAGGAAUCCUCCCUUCCUGUCUCCCUCCUUGCGUUCCUCCGUGCUGCUCAGCGACGGGUCCCGGGCUCGGGCUCCUCCUUGGGGCAAGAAGCCGACUCCUUAGCAGGGGGGCAGGGAUACUUCCUCCUCCUGCUAUCAGGCCGACCCGCCGAGGAAGAGGGAGAGGGAGAGGGAGAGGGAGAGCGAGCGGGGGGGGACCAGCCUGCUGCUGCUGCUGCUGCUGCUGCUGCUGCUGCUGCUGCUGCUGCUGCUGCUGCUGCUGCUGCUGCUGCUGUCGGAGCCUUGUAGGAGGGUGGUCACUUUCUCCUCUCCCAUCCAGGGUAUCUCGCUGUAUCUCCGCACGAGCAUGAGAAGGUUCAGUCCUCCUCAUGCCCCUGCUGGCAUCUUGCUCGGCGUCCGCGCGUCUUCCUCCCCCUCCCCCUCCCCUCCCCC